AGAAAUGAAGUAACAUGCGAUGAGGAUUUUUCGCAAAAAGAGAAAAGGAAGAUAAAGGAUUUCAUCUACUGUUUUCCAAAAUUACAGGCAAAACGAGCCAGAAGAGAAGCUCGAAAAAAAUUACUAGAGAAAUUAGGCGAUGCAGCUCCACCAAAGCAGCAGCCUCGAACCAUUGAGAACACUCGAGAAUAUGAUAUGACUAUGGUUUCUCCUGAUGACGAAGAAGUGAUUUAUGACGAAGCACAUGAUGAAAUGAGUUCAUAUUUUAGCAGAAUUACCAAGCCCAAAGUUUUGAUCACAACAUCGGUUCACGCCAAAGUUAAAUCAUUUAAGUUUUGCUGUGAGCUACAAAAAUGUAUUCCUGAUGCUGAAAUUUUCACGAGAAAAAACAUACCCCUCAAAAAGGUUGUUCAACAAGCAAAAGAAAAAGAAUAUAGUGAUUUGAUCGUCGUACAUGAAGACAGAAAAGUACCAAACGGUAUCGUUUUGUGCCAUUUGCCUAAUGGACCGACUGCUUAUUUCAAAAUCAACAGCCUUAAAUUCAGGAAGGAUAUCAAAGGAGUUGGUGAAUCAACUGGGCAUCAUCCUGAGUUAAUUCUUAAUAAUUUCAAUACAAGGCUGGGCCACACGAUUGCGAGAAUGUUUGCUUGUCUUUUUCCUCAUAAUCCGAUGUUUGUUGGUCGGCGAGUGGUCACCUUUCAUAAUCAGAGGGAUUAUAUUUUCUUUAGGCAUCACAGGUAUGAAUUUAAAAAAGAAGGUGAAAAAGCGAGUUUACACGAAUUGGGGCCACGUUUCACGUUAAGGUUAAAAUGGUUACAAAAGGGUACUUUCGAUACUCGUUAUGGUGAAUAUGAAUGGGUAUUAAAAAGGCAUGAAAUGGAAACCAGUCGCCGACGAUUUUUCUUAUGA